CGUCCCAGCUCAGUUAUCGCAUGUUCACCGGACAGCACGGUCGUGUUCGCGCUCUCUCCCCGUCCCUGUCGCACCUGUUCCUACACCUGUACCGCCAACGAUCGUCGAGCGGUUUUCGUUUCGAGUCGGUCGUUUACCUGCCGCCAAUCGCUGGUCAGUUUAAAGUCGCCGAAGCUGGAAGUUUCGCCUUGGUUCGCGCUUGUGCUAAAAAGAAAAUGAAACAGAUUAUAUAACGUUGGAAAAAUGUUUUAACAAUACGAAUCUCCUGUGAAUUUCUGAGUGAUAUUUGGUAAUCAAAAGACUUGAACAUGACGUGCCUGUCGGACAUUGACUUGGCCACCCUGCACCAGAACCGUCUGGAGGAGCGUUUUAGUUAUAAGUUGGCCUGGAGUGGCACUGGCCACCAGCAGACCCAGUACAAUGAUCUCCUCAUGCGUCACAAUGCCUCGCUGAAGCGCCAGAGAAUCAACCAGCACAAGGCCAAUGCGGCCAGCGCCAAGCCAAAGGAUCAGAUCGUGGCUAGUGAAAGCUUGGUGAGCAGUCAGGAGCACCAUCUGGCCAAAUCCGAAGAGGAUCCUGAUGACGGCUAUUUCGAUUCCACGACACGACGCACGCGAAGCGGCACUUGGCCGCGCACUAGAAGUCUGAAUGCUCCGUCGCCGUUCCAGCAAUUCGGGCCAUGCGGUCGCAUUAUGAAGAACUCAGCCAUGGUGAUGCAGAUUCAGGAUCCGGCCAGCCAGCGUUUGACCUGGUAUAAGCCACCCCUCACCGUCCUGGUGAUCAAGAAGAAGGACUCCCAGGUCCUGCUGCCCUUCGUCCAGCUGGUGGAAUGGCUGGUGCAAGAGAAGCGCAUGGUCGUCUGGGUGGAGUCCGCCGUUCUUGAGGACAAACUGCUGCGGGAUGACGUCAAGCUGGAGCAGGAGAGCACCAAGUUUCGGCAGGUGCAUGCCCACUACGCCGGAGUUAGGGCGCGUUUCCUGGCCCUGCGUGAAAAGUUGGUGACCUUCAAGGAUGGCCGCGAUGACCUGACCGAUCGCAUCGACUUCAUCGUGUGCCUGGGCGGCGAUGGCACUCUGCUUUAUGCAUCCCAGCUGUUCCAGCAGUCUGUGCCACCGGUGAUGGCCUUCUAUUUGGGCUCCCUCGGUUUCCUUACGCCUUUCCAGUGCGACAACUUCCAGGAGCAGGUGACCAAUGUCCUGGAGGGUCAUGCCGCUCUUACACUGCGCAGUCGUCUGCGCUGCUCCAUCCAUCGCAAGGGCGAGCGCCGCAAGGAGUCGCUGCUGCCCGUUGUGGGUGCUAAUCUCCUUAAACCAAGCCUGCACAGGCAGCUCAAUUACGUGGAGCUCAACAACGGACAAACAGGGAAUUUCGGGUGCAACAACAACAACUGCCCGAACAACAGCAUCCUGGUGCUCAACGAGGUGGUGAUCAACCGAGGACCCUCGCCGUAUUUGAGCAACAUCGAUAUCUUCUUGGACGGCAAGUACAUCACCUCAGUGCAGGGUGAUGGCCUGAUCGUAUCGACGCCCACGGGAAGCACGGCAUAUGCGGCAGCCGCCGGUGCAUCCAUGAUCCAUCCCUCCGUGCCGGCAAUUUUGGUGACCCCAAUCUGCCCGCAUUCGCUGAGCUUCAGGCCCAUUGUGGUACCAGCCGGAGUAGAGCUAAUGAUAUCCAUUUCACCUGAUAGCCGCAACACCUCUCGCGUCUCCUUUGACGGACGCAACGAUCAGGAGCUGAACCACGGCGACAGCCUGCGGGUGACCACCUCCAUUUAUCCCGUGCCCAGCAUCUGUGCCCAGGAUCAAAUCUCCGACUGGUUCGACUCCCUCGCCGAAGGUCUGCACUGGAAUGUGCGCAAGCGGCAGAAGUGCCUCGAUGAGCUGUCGGAUCUGACCGCAUCUGGGUCGGAGGACACGCUCGAUGAGUUUGACAAUCUGAAGAUCUACGAUGCGUAGUGGUACCCGAAACACAAUCGUCGCCCAUUCGGUGUUUGUUAGUGUGGCCAAUUAGCCUAGUUGUAGUCCUAGUUCAUAGGGUUUGCUUGUGUGCAAUUUUGGUAGGCUUAGUUAUGUAGUGAAAAUACUCUGUUGUACUAUACACAUCAUAAGUCGCUUGGUUGAAAUGUUUAAUGUUAAUUGAUUUUUAUCGCAAUGUUUGUUUAAGCUAGGCAAAUUCCGUUGUUGCUUGUAAACAAAACAAAAAACGCUUAGGCUUAGCUCUUAAGUUUUUAUUAUUACGUAAUCUACGAUUAAUUGCGUCGAGUGUACUUAAGUACUUAAACUGGCUCGCGUUAUCUGUACAAUUCGAUGGAGGUAAUAAAAACUGUAUUAUUUACUUAAAGCGCCACAAAA